UUGAGCUACUGACGCCGUUUAAAAGAAAACACUGUUACACACGUAUGUCAUGUUCAAGUCCCCAUCCCGACCACGCCCAUCCCCCACUCCGGCCAUGUGGCAAGUGUGUGUGCCGGAGUCCCCAUGGUGUCCAGCCCCUCCCCUCACGUAAGCUGUGAACUCUGCGUCAGAUCUUCACUGCAUGGACGAGAGCAGGCUGGAGUCAUGGAUCAGGGAGAGAUGGAAGAAGAUUUGACAACCAUUCGUGGUCACUGUGACAGCCCUUUAAAUUCUUCAGCUGAUCGAGGGAUGAAUCCAUCUGGACACCAGAAUGAGGAAAUGGACCAGAGCUCUUCUGACUCUACAGUGAUCCUUGAACUAAGUUCCGUCCCUGAAAAGAAGGACAUAAGUGUUCCUGAACUCAAGAGAGCAGAAAGUGUAUUUGUAACUUUACUCAUGUUGUGGAAGCUGUGAAGAAAGUGGCUGAAUUUGAUGAGGAGAAGGGUCUGUACAAAACUCCAUCACUGGCUUUAAAGCUAGGCCACAACCUCAAAAAAUUGGCAAAUAUAGUCGAAUGUGAAGCCAUGAUGUCACAAGAUGAGAGUGCCCUGCACAAUGUGCGUACAUUCAAACGGCUUUAUGAAGCCCGAUGGACUGAGUGUGUGUCAACACAUGCACUCAGGAAUCUAAAAGAAGCAAAGUGGAACGCACCUACGCUCCUUCCCUUCACUGAGGAUGUUAAAAGAAUGCACAAGUACAUUGAUGAACAGCGGAGUGAGUGCCAAACAAAACUGCUCAAAGCACCAAAUAAGAAAAGCUGGUCGGAUUUGGCCAACCUCACACUCGGUGAGAUUAUACUGUUUAAUCGCAGGCGAGAGGGCGAGGUAUCAAAAAUGCCUCUCAAAGCUUUCACCGUGAGAGACACCGCUUCAAUUCAUCCAGAUGUUGAAAUUGGAUUAACUGACCUAGAGAAGAAGCUCUGCAGGCACUUUAAGCGCAUAGAGAUCCAGGGAAAACAGCAAAGAAAGGUCCCUAUCCUCCUCACGCCAAAUAUGCUCUCAUCCAUGGAGGCUCUAGUUGAGAAUCGCAUACAAUGUGGAGUUCCCAAUGAAAACCACUUCCUGUUUGCAAGGCCUGAAGCACAAACACAUCUUAGAGGAUCAGAUGCCAUCCGACAACUUGCACGCAAGUGUGGGGCCAAGCAUCCAGAGGCCCUGUCAUCCACUAAAUUGAGGAAACAUGUGGCCACCAUGUCAAAAGUCCUAAACUUACAGGAUAAUGAAAUGGAUGACCUUGCCGACUUUCUUGGCCAAGACAUUAGAGUACACAGACAGUUCUACAGGCUCCCCGAGGGUACAUUACAGCUCGCAAAGAUCAGCAAAGUCCUUGUGGCCCUUGAGCAAGGACAAAUGUCAGAGUUCAGAGGCAGGAACCUUGACGAGAUCAGCAUUGACCCGAAUGAGGAAAUGGCUGGGGACAGCAAUCUAUCUGAGAACGAGGAGUGUGAAAUGACCCCGGACCAGUUGCUUUUAACAGCCGGAUCGAGGCAAAAAAGGAAGUGCACGACUGAAGUUGGAUCUGACAGUGAUUCACAGGAAACUACAGUGUGUCCCGUGAUUAAGACUGCAACAGAAAAAAGACCAGAUAACAAGAAGCCAGUGGGUGAAGACAAAUCUCCAGGUGAAUCCCAGAUCACCAAAGGUUCAUCAAAAAUGACCAGAAGGAAGUGGAGCACAGAGGAGGUCCAGGCUGUGGAGAGCAAUCUCAUGGACAACAUCAACUCUGGCAGGGUUCCUGGCAAAGCCCAGUGUGAAGCAUGUAUCAAGGCAUCUUCAGAGGCGCUUAUGGGAAGGAACUGGCAGGCAGUUAAGUUCUAUGUGAAGAAACGCAUUGACACUUUAAAGCGUCUGGAAAAAAACUAAUGGAAAUAUAAAUUGUAAUCACUGAACAUAAUUCUUUUUUGCUAUCUAGUUUUUCUACAAUCCCACAAGUAGGUACAGCUCUAGCUUCAAUUCAGUUCAUAUUUGAGCAUGUAAAUACAUUUUAUUAAGAUUGAUUGUCACAGCCAUGUCAACAGCUAUUUUGCUUUCAAAUUUAAGGUGUCUACAUCCUCGGUUAUUUCAUUGAGUGAUGUCGUUUUAUUUUUUAUCCUAAAGAACAUUGUGGUAGUGGGUCAUGGGUGGUUGGAGAAAUGGAGGUAGAGAGAGACACAGGUUGUAGAGAGAGUGACAGGUUUGUAGAGAGAGAGACAGGUUGUAGAGAGAGGCAUGUAUGCAGGGAGAGUGACAGGUUAGUAGAGAGAGUGACAGGUUUGUAGAGAGAGAGACAGGUUGUAGAGAGAGACAUGUAUGCAGGGAGAGUGACAGGUUAGUAGAGAGAGUGACAGGUUUGUAGAGAGAGAGACAGGUUGUAGAGAGAGACAUGUAUGCAGGGAGAGUGACAGGUUAGUAGAUAGAGAGACAGGUUUGUAGAGAGAGACAUGUAUGCAGGGAGAGAGAAAGACACCUGUCUUGAAGAUACUAGAUAUGUUGGAGAGAGAGAGACAGGUAUGUAGAGAGAGAGACAGGUAUGUAGGAAAUGAGACAGGUAUGUAGGAAAUGAGACAGGUAUGUAGAGAGAUAGGCAGGUAUGUAGGGAUAGAGAGAGGCAGGUA